ACAAAGAUGGCGGUCAUAAUAGCAACCAGAAGUUGAAACAUGGCGGACGACGCUCAGGUGCUCUGAUUGUUCGCCGGUGUUUACGUUGAAUGACAUUGCGACAACAUGGAUAUAAGCAUUCGCAAGUUACUGACAACCGCUCAAAAGUUUUCAGGUCCAGAUAAUCCACCACUCGAUGAAGCAUUUGGAAUUCUUAGAAAUGUGGCAGAAAACAAACCAUCUGUGGAUGCCCCCGAAGCAUUUGGACAGGAUCUGUACGUUCUUUGUGCAGAAAUCUCCUUCCAGAAUGGUCUCUAUGACAUGGCAAAGGACUGUCUUAAAAUGUUCUUCAUGAAGCCACCACCUGCAAACCAGUUUUUAUGUAGAGCAUAUCUGUGUCAGGCUCAGCUGUUAGCCCCACAACAGGCAAACAACCCGGACCAACUUGAAAAAGCAGUGGUGUAUUUAUUGAAAGCUAUCUCCUUUGCAAAGAAAAAUGUGAGGUAUCACUUUCUGGUGUACAACGCCUCCGUCAUCUACUGGCAGUUUUGUCGCCCCUUUCUCAAGCCUAACUACAAACAGUACCUGGCACGUGGCCUCCAUCAGGUGGUUAGGGCACUCGACGACAUCGACGACAAAGACUUUGAAUGGCGUGCUCAGCUCAUGAUAGCUUUGAUUGAAUGCCAUCUGGAUGCUGGGAAGAGAAAUGAUGCUGCUAGUAUCGCCAAUCCUGCUGUUACCUUCAUCAAGGCUAAUGUGCCACACCUGUACAAGAAGGUGUUCGGGAUUAUUGUAAGGAACCAGUUGCUAGAGUCUGCCAAGCUACACAAAGAUGUAAAAAAUUCUGCAGAACUAGCCGUGUACUACAAGAUAUUAAAACUCAAAGUAUCUGUAGACCUGAAUGAACAGCGUGAGUACUACAGCGAAAUCCAGCGGAUCCUGAAUCAGAUGGGCGUAACCCAAGGUGGGGCUGAUGACACCAAUGCCCAAAAGACUGAGAAGGGGCGUGGCAAAAAGGGAGGAAGAACUGCAGCAAGCCCCACCCCAGGAGGUGGUCGUUUAGAAGAUGAUAGAGAAAGUCCCCAGUCUCAACAUUCUGAGGUGUCUCAGAGUGUUAUUUUGGACACUGAUUUGAGAAGUCCCUCCAAGGCAGGGAGGCGAACCCCUACUCCUACGAGUACAAAGAAAUUAGCCGCGGACAGCCCAGACAAACCAUUUUUGCUGUUGGAGCUUGGUCGGUUUUGUCUAGACCUGGAUUUCCCUGACCUAGCCCAGGAUUGUGUGAACCAUAUGAAGUCAUGUGUUGUCAAGGAGGCUGGGUUCUACCUGGAGCUUGAGUUGUUGGAGUGUGACCUAAUGCUGCAUUCACUGGGUGACAAAAAGGAUUCAUAUCAGAAGUCUAUCAUAGAUCUGAGGUUGCAGGCUAUCAAACGUUGUGAGGAGACCAUCAUGAAUGCCAUUCGUCAUGGUGACCCCAAUGUAAUCCAGGCAGCUUGUGUGACUCAGUGGAACUUGUGUUUGCCUCUGCUUCAGCUCAACCUGAGGAACCAUGCACGUAAACCCCUCACCCUAGUGGCAGAGGCCUUAGAGGACAUCGAGAGUUUACUGAUCAGUCUGAGAUGUCAGGUACACACAGAACUUGCCAAGUGUGAGGAAGACCAGGAACAGAUACAAGUGGCUAUGGACAACCUCAAAAAGGCUCUAGCACUAGAUGAUGGGAAUGUGUACCAUGAGAGACUGGAGGUGUCUCUACACAGACUAGAGCUCAGGUCACAGCUUUACCAGCAGCCAGAGAGACCAGAGGAUAUUGCCGCCAUGAUUAUCGAACAGGCUAGGAAGGCUGACUCCGGCACCAUCAGGAUGAAGCGGUCACUCUUGGUCAAAGCUGGGGAGGCCCUGGCCCCAGAUGCCUUCCUCCUAGUACUGGACAGUGAGAGUGACACGAAAGAGAACAAGGAUCAUCAGUUUACAGAUGUGACAGGCGGUAAAGCACCACUCACACAGAUAAAGAAGUUAUCCAACAAGGCUCGCCAGUUUAACAAGUGUGUAAAGAAAGCCGCAGGCCACCUCAAGAGACUUGGUGAUGAGAAUGAUAGAGAGAGAUCUCGCCUGUGGGGUGACCUUGCUAAAACCGCUCGUAAACAACAAGUCUGGGAUGUAUGUCGUGUAGCUGCCAGAUUUUGUCUCCUGUAUGAUGAUGGACGCUGGAAAAAUGUUCUUCCUGAAAAGAAAAUGGAAAGCCCAAAGCCUGAAAAACGGCGUGAUGGUGGAGCCAGUAGCAGUAUGGGUGCAGCUGGAGGUCAAGAGUCAUCAUUGCGAAUGGUCCAGGAGUCAUCCAUGAAGAUGGAAUCAGUGACAAGUGGACCCAAGGAGUCGGUAAUGUCCACCGUUGCUGAGGGCGCCACCUCCUACGAGGGUAUGGAGAAAAAGGGACGCAACCUCAGUCGUCCAACCAGCCCCGAGAGAUUUGUUCCAUUAUACGAUAAGGACCUGAUUAGGAUGCUGGCCGAGGUCUCAUUUGUCCAGGGGGAGGCUAUUGUCCACUUACUGAGAUCAGAAGGGGUGGAACUGAACGAUAUGCCCAUUCCUCCUGCGGACAAGAGUAAGCGUCCCAAGGGAUACGUGGCUAAAAAGCCAGAGGAGGAUCCUGACUGGAUCGAGUAUUGUGACUGGAUCAAGUCGUUGACAGAGGACGGUACCCAGAGUUUCCUGCGAGGACUAGAACUUGGUGUGGAGUUAGUGGAGCCGUGGCUAAUUUGUAGUGCUGGGGCCUACAUCUGGAACUAUAACAAUCACCUCCUCACUCAGCUACGACACCGCGAGAUCAUUGAUGUACUCUCCACCGUCGUGGCUGGCCUCCGCAAGAUAGGACAUGCGGGAGAGACUGUGAUGAUGGUAAACAUAUGCACAGCUUUAGCAUAUGCCUUUAUGAAACCAUGGAUCCCGGCUGAGCCGAGCAAGGAUAGUGCUGCUGCCCCAACCCCUGCGCCAUCUCCUGAGGCGGGUAAGAAGGGCAAACCUGCGGCUGCUGGUGCUGCAAAGAGUAAGCCUGUUCUUGCUGUUAGUAUCAGUCCUGAUGCCACACCGGAUUUGAAGAAGGCCAUAGAGGUUUGUGAGUAUGCCAUAGAUGUAACCAAUGGUAGUAAUCCCCUCCACGUCGUUCCCAUCGCUGCUCGAGUCCCCCUCCUUCAGACAUGGGUUUUGGCAAAACAGAUGGCUCAAGUACAAAUCCCGAAAACCCUAGGAGCUGAUGAUGAGCCAUACACUGAAGGCCAGAGACAGAUGACAAGGGCCAUAGUUGCCAUGGAGAUGCUGACGGUCAACAGGAAUGGAAUCAUGGAGUUCAAGGACACACCAAAUAUUCAAGAGGUAGCUAAUUGGCUGGAAGAAUGUACCUGGUCAGACAAAUUCAUGGAGCUACAGAUGUGGACAAGACUCACCGCUCUGGCCUAUACUCAGAAACUCCAUGCCAUUGUCGUACGCUGUAGUAAACAAGCCAUACGUUUUGCUACAGUUGGCACCCAACCAAAGAAUAGGAAAAUGGAGGCUCACCGGUAUAUGGUGGAACAGGAGAUGCUGAGCUACGCCAGUGGUCUCCUCGGCCAGAGUCUUGUGGACAACAUGGCCGGUAAGAACGCUGUCAGACGAGAGGCUAUGGAGGCUUUCCUCAACAGUGCCAGGUUUGCAAGGAAUGCUGACAACUAUGAGAUGGUGAUGACAGCCGCCAGACAUUAUUGGAAUGCCUGUAUGCCCCUUGUCAGUCAGCCAAUCGAGAGGGAACUCCUUAGAGAGCCAAUCAAGGCCAUCCUCUUCUGUAUCACCACCACAGCGGAGUCUGUGCGUAAGGCAGAGGAGAAACAGGAAGACAAGGAGAAUGAGGAGGAAGAUGGAGGUACAGGGGCUGAGGUGGCUGGGGAUGAUAAACCACACACCUCUACCAUCGGGAGCCCCGAGGAUGAUCUAACUCUCCGAGCCUCAUUGUAUGGAGUUCUGUUCCAGUCCUAUGCUGACAAGAAACAAUGGGAAGAAGGUCUGGCUGCUAUGGACCAGGCCAUCACAGACAUGCCGAGGACCAAACAUAGGCUUCUGAUCUUCAAACAUCGUGUAAUGACUAAAGCGAAACUGGGUAGGAGUGUCAACAUGGACAUCCAGAAGUUUAAGGAUGAGAGUGAGGACUAUGUAGCCCACAUGUGGAGGAGAGUAGCUCUCAGUUCUAAGGAAACUUUGGAGCAGCUCAUAUCUUACCAGGCAGCUAUCGAAGCUCUUAAUAGUGCUAGUAACGAGUGGCAGAAAGUGGAUUUGCUGUUGGAGUUUGGUCAGUGGCUAUACUACAAUGAGUUCCCACUUCAGGACGCAGUUGACCAGAUAGAAUGGGCAGUGGACAUUAUCCUCAACAUGAGGACUGACACAGAGAUACAAAAGGAACGAGCUGCUGCCCAGAGGAAACUUUCACUGAUAGACUCCAAUAAAAAGUUGGCAGGGAAAGCGGCUUCUGUGGCAAAGAAGGCUGACAAUAAAAAGGGGAAAGGCAAGGGUUCGGCGAAGGGCAAGGCCACCCCUGCACCACCAAAAACAGCUCCGGCAGCUGACACUCCUCGGAAAAGUCCGGAACCUAAGAAAAUGGCGAAGUCAAUGGACAGUCGCAGUGACACUAGCAGUGUGUCCGAUGAUAUUAAUCCUGACGGAUACAUACCAGUAGCCAAGCAAGCCAUCAUAGGUGUGCUGCCAAACAAUCCGGGAUUGAAGUUCCAGGACCUAGAAGACGUGAAGCAAAUAGAUGGGCUGUUGAGGGCAUAUAUCCUCCUGGCCGAGGUCGUGGGUCGCACCUCUGUGGAAUACCAGGACUUCCUGCUUAUGUGUCACUCCUUUAUCAUGCGACUUUGGCAGGUAUCGGUUCCCGUUACUGGACCAAUCAUUAAAGAGAUGGCUAAGGCUGCAGCUGCUGGAGCCACUGAUGCUAAGUCAGAUGCUGCAUCAGUUAAAAACAAGAAGAAGGAAAAAGAUGCCCCAGCCGCUCCUGUGAAGGAGAAACCCAAACGUAAGGGCCCCAUCGAUGCCCUGCCUGGCAAUACAGAGGAGUGGGCCAUGUAUGAUGCUCCCGAUGAGGUGGUAGAAGCUUUCAGCAGUGAGCAGAUGAAGGUCAAUGGUAUCAACUCCAGCACUAUUGUUAAGCCGAUGUUGACUAUGCAUUAUCUGGAUAUACUGAUCCGAAUGCUGAGGGAUGUCGGCUACAACCACCUCACUCUACCAGUGUUUGCCUUGGAGGAUAUUCUGUCACGUAACCUUCUCAAGAGUAAUGCACUCAACAUCCUUAUUCACUCAAGGGCUGCAGAGGUUUGUUUGGAGUUAAACCUUAAGAAUGGUAUCAACUUCCAUGAGCGACUGGCUGGACCUCUAAUUAUCAGUGAGGAAGACCAAUCUCUGUCUCGUGAUGAGAUCAGGGUGUGGAAGGAAAGACAGAUUCAGGUGGCGAAGGAAGAGAUGCGAGUGAAGGAAUCGCUAGCGAAUCUGGCCGCAGAGAGUACACAAAGUCAAACAAGGAAGUCUGUCACCUCUCAUCCCGGACAGUCCUCCAUUGAUACUAAGAGUGAGGAUCAGCCAAUCACAUCUCACCUGGGCAAGGUGCUGAGUGCCAUUACAUUCCGGGACCCGUGGGCAGAUAUGGCAGAUCUCCUCAUUACACAGUGUGGUUACCAAGCAGCCCGACAGUACCUGGACGAGGCCCACAAAGCUGCAGUGGCGUUUGAUGACCAUCAGCUUGAGGCUCGGAUCCUGUUCCUGUUUGGAAGAUUAGCUCUCGCUGAAGCCCAGUAUGGACAGGCCUUUAACUUCUGCCGUGAGGCACAGAAUGUUUUCCAAGGGGAUGAGAUGUUCUGGUACGAGACGACCAUGCUGAUGGUAGAUGCUACAUUGAAGGAUUAUGAAAACAGGAAUUCAAAGAGAAUUGCCCGUGGUAUUCUAGUUCACGCCCUUAAUGAGUUCUUGAGAAUUGCUGAUGAACGCCCUAACAGAGUCAGUGUUACCCAAUUCAUCAUCUCUAAAAUGGAAGCAAGAUUGGCAUUUGUUCAGAGCAAGCUGAUCUUUGAAGAAGAUUUAGAUAUUAAUGAGCCAAAAGUAUUGAGGAAACUUUUGGCUAUAUGUGAGAAAUAUGAGAGUGCCUGUGACAAGCUGGUAAAACUAGGCUACAAACGAGAAGUCCUGCCAAUCAUGAAGGAUCAUGCUGAUGUCCUACUCAAAAUGGCCAAGAAAUCUGUCCAUUCAGAGAAAGCAGUCCUGCAUACUUAUUACCUUCAGUCUAUGGGUGUACUGAAGGAAGCUGUGGCUAUAGCAGAGGAGGUGUACAGAGACGUUCAGACUCUCUCCUCUCUACAGGAGUUGCGGAGCUUGAGUCUGCCGAUUCAGAGAGAGUUGGCCGAUAUCAAGGUGCAUUGUGGGAUGGUGAUGCUGGAGAUCUUCCAGGAGCAUGCCAAGGAGGCACGAGAGACCCAGCUGGAGGAUUUCCGCAAGGGUGCGGUUGUCAAGAUGGUGGAGGAUUUCAUUAGAGAGACACCCACAUUCACCCACAUGGAGAAGGAGUGGGUUGAUACUACCAAAACAGUUAUAGAAGAUGCCAUGCUCAAGUUUGUGGAUGCUCACAAUGUUGCAGCAGGCAUCCCAAUGCUUAGAGCUAAGGCGCUGUGUGGAAUAGGCCAAAGUCUGAAGGCAUUCUCUGUGUUUUCCUGCCCUAACUCUGCCACACAGUGGUCGGUAUACGAGGAGGAAAUUUCCAAGUUGGAAAGUUCAUCUGGAGAAGGAGAGGAGGAUGAAGAGGAGAAACCAGAGCUGGACGAGACAUCCAAGUUGUUUGUACGCUACUCUGUACAAAUGAAGGAGAUCAAGGCUGCCGAGGAUGUGAGUCGACACUACCUGCUACAAGCCACAGAGUGCUUGGUCCAGGCCCUCAAUUUGGCAUUAAACAAACACUAUACAGAUUUGGCUGCCACAAUAUCCCUGGAACUUGUAGAAUGUUGUGGACAAUAUGAUCCCCAGGCAUGUUCUAUAUUCCUGGCAUUAUACCAGAGUUGCUGCACGUCUAUAAAACUUGAAACACUUCUAAAUAAGGCCCAGGUUGACCCCAUGACCUCUCGCCUGGCUGCUCUUCUCCACCAGCGAUCCAACAUCUUGGAAAAUGACAUCAGAACUAAUAUGUCCAGUGGCGGUCUAAUGGCCACUGUCCAGACAUCCCUAGAACAGAACUGGCAGGCCUGGAAGAGACUAGAGGUGAUGCCUAACCAUAUGGACCUACUAAAGGAGUUCCCAGCCAACUUUAACUUCAUCAUUCUCCAGCAUUCCCCAGACAAAAACUUCCUGUAUGGCGCAAUUCUUGACAAGCCUAAGAAUGCUCCUGUGGCGGGAGGGGGCAAGAAUCCAAAGACUACAGCUGCACCAGCGGCCAGUCGGGCUAAGGUAUUUGGUACCCAGGUGAACCCUGAAAUGCUGGAAUCACUGAUGACAAAGUUUGCUGACCAUCGCCAAGCCAUUCAGGCACUGCUCCUAAAGCAGGAAUACGCCCGGGCUCAGGCUAUGAUGAGACAGAAGAUGUUGGAGAAUCUCGAUGAGAGCCUCAAACAGAAGACUCAGACCUUGCACUUAGAUGAGGAUGCUGAGGAGGAGGCCAUGCUGCUGGAGGAGUUUGACCAGCUUAUUAAGGACAUGGAGUCCUACCUUCAACCCAUUACAACGUUCCUACAGGGCAUGCUGAAUACUCAGGUGGUUACCCCAGCCAGUGGGAAGGAGGCUAAGAAUGCCCCUGUGGAGCCUCCUCCAAGUAUCGAGUGUGCCAUCCUCCUGGUCGACAACUAUCUCAUGCAGCUCCCUCUAGAGGCGCUGGAGUUCCUACAGGUGGAGAAUGUCGCAUCACUGUCACGUGAUUUUUCACUGCAGCUUUUCUAUCACCGGUUCUACAAGGAAGAGGCAGCCGCAGGUGAUCACGUUAGAUUUGCAUCAGAAUCAGCGAAAGAUGCAAACAAGAAGAAAGCCAAGGGUCAGGUUGACAACCCAAUGUCUAGAAUUCCAGGUCUGAGGGAUGCCAGCAAAAAGAUGGCUAAGAUUGUUCCGUUGAGCAGAGAGAUAGCUCCAUGGCAACAUGCUGUAGACACCAUGAACUUUAGAUAUAUUGUGGACACCCACUUGGAUUGUGCUGAAACAGAGGUUGAUAAACCCAUCAAUGUGACGAAUCAUCUGAUAGACGAUUAUGAACAGCAGUUCACGCCUCGAUGGCUGGGUAUCAUGGGAGAUGACCACACCCCGAGUGUCGGAGAGUGGGAGAUCUAUCUCACUGAAAACAGCUCCUUCAUCUUCUACGGCAUGGAGAAAUUCCUCAACUAUAUUCCACCUGCCAAACUUACCGCUCUCAACAUACCAGAUUGUACCAUCCUUUACAUACAAGACUUGGCUCAGACUAGUAAGAGUUUUACCCGCCAGUCUAAACUGGAUGUUCUAAAGAGUGCAAGCAUCCUGGCCCUGGAGAAACCUGUGGAGACCGCCAUGCUGGCCAGUCUCACUGGGAUCAAGUGCAUUAUGGCUAACCAAUGGCACUGUACUCUGGCCGAGAAUGCAAAUAGGUUAAAGGUCAACAUGAAAGACAUGCUGGAAGGUGGCAAGACUACAGGUGAGUCUGUGAGGCUGGUAUUCACACCCUACAGACGUCGCAAACCUGAGGAGGACAAACCCACAGACGAGGCAGAGGAAAAGGAGAGUCACCGAACCGACGAUCGAGACUUCAGUGAUCGUGACUUUGGUGCUAAGGAGGAAAUGCCAGAACCAGAAAUGUCCUGGUAUAACACUGUCUGUUAUGGGCUUCCAAACGUUGUAGUGACCCAGCUCUCUGGCACAUAGUCAAUAUCAUUGGAACUCUUGUCAGGAAUUAAACUCAAAUGUUACAGUGCAUAGCAUCUACAUCAGCAGAAUUCUCACCAGUGGUAAAAACUGCCAAAAUGGAGAUCUAGUAUUAUGAAGGAAUAUAUUGACAAAAGAGUGAAAGAAAUCCCUAAGGUGGAUUUAUUUCAGUUUUUGACUGAAGAAACAAUUUAAUGUUAUAAUAGUAAUAUAUUUUUGAUUUAUAGAUAUUUGAAAUUGUGUGUUUCAUUGCCUGUGAUAUUUGACUACACUAAAACCUUUGUUAAAUUUAGACAGUUAUAAUUGCUCUGCUCUUUAGCAUAAUGAUCUUUGUAACUUCACUCUAAACUGAUGUGACCGUGUACAAUGGAAUUUCCAGCACUAGCAAACAUUACAGUACUAUAUACGAUGUAAAUCUAGCUGAGGAUGAAUAUUUUGAAUCUUAACAACCGUUGGUCCAUAUUGAGAUGCAUCAUUGGUAUAUACAUGCUAAUAUUUUAAUGUUUUCCGUCCUUAUUGAUAUUUUAAAAGUAUGAUAAAGCUGUGAUACCACUACAUAUCAAUAACUGUUAUACAUAUUGUUUAUACUCUAUUGUUCAUCUGCUUGUUUUAAUUGAGGAUACAAUAAAUCAUUUUGUGUUAA